CGAAUCAAUCAGACGGGUUCUGUGAACAGGUUAAAUCGACUCAUUGAAAACAUUCGACUCGGAUCCACUGUUCAUUCAUCACGAGCCUCGUGAGUCAAAAUAUCGAAAGAGACGCGCAGAGAUUGUGGAUGAUUUCGUGAGUGUGUCAAGAGGCAUUUGAGUGAACUGGGUUAGGGGUGCAAGAAAUGGCCUCAAAACGUCCGUUUUGCGAUGCAGACUUUUUGUGCGCUGUUUGUCACGAUGUUUUCGAUCGUCCUGUGGUGCUUCUGUGCGGCCACAGUUUCUGCAGAGGGUGUAUUGAGCAGUACUGGAGUGUCAGUGACUCAAGACAGUGUCCAAUGUGCAGACAAAUAUCUGCUAACACUCCUUCCCUUAACUUGGCUCUUGGAAACUUAUGUCAAGCAUUCCUGCAUCACAAACGGCAUUUAGAGGAGCUGUGUGAAGUUCACCAGGAGAAACGGACUCUGGUGUGUUGUGUUGAUGAGCAGUUACUGUGUGAGAUUUGUAGACAAUCUGAAGAGCACAGAAAUCACACACACCGUCCAGUUCAAGAGGUCGUGGAGGAACAUAAGGGAGUUCUGCGGUCAAAACUUGAUCUCCUGAAGAAAAACAUGGAGCUCAUGCAGCAAGCUGAUUUUGAGUGUGAUUUAUUGGCACUUAAAAUGAAUCAUGAUGCUCCGGAUUUGGAAAAUCGAAUCAAGGCUGGGUUUAAGGAUAUUCACCAGCUUUUGGAUGAUGAAGAAAAGGCAAUGUUUAAUGACCUAAAACUGGAAAAGAAGGAGAAACUGGAAAGUCUGAAAAGUAAAAAUGAGAUGAUCAGUGAAGUAAUCCACAAUCUCACAACCACUAUAAAAGACUUGGAAAAGGAGUUAGAUAGUGGGGACAUCAGAAUAAUUCGGAACUUCAAGGAUGCAUUGGUGAGAGCCCAGUGCAAACCUGAGGAUCCAGAGAUGACUCCAGGAGAUCUCAUUGACAUUGCAAAGUAUGUUGGCAACUUUAAUCACAAUGUUUGGGAGAAAAUCAGACGAUCUAUCACUUACACUCCUGUGGUUCUGGACCCUAACACAGCCAACUUUCACCUCACAUUAUCUGUUGAUCCGACAAGUGUGUGGAAUCACAAUAAAUCUGAGGUGAUUAAUGAGCAGAGUAACAAUAACAUUGAGAGAUUUGCUGAUUGUCCCUGUGUGCUGGGCUAUGUGGGAUAUUCCACUGGGACGCACACCUGGGACGUUGACGUGGGGCAGAACACGUCCUGGAUGGUGGGUGUCGCUGUAGAGUCUGUCCAAAGAAAAGGAACCAACGGCUUGCCCAGUGGAAUCUGGUGUAUCGGGCAUGACGGGGAAGUACUUAGUGUCACGGAUCCUCUGGAGUCACGUGUCCCGCUGCACGGAUUUGCAAAACCCACAGCAGUGAGGGUGAACCUGGACUUGAGUGAAGGACGGCUGUCGUUCUCAGAUCUUCUGGAAGAGACGGUUUAUCACACCUUCACACACAAUUUCAUUGAAAAGGUCUUUCCAUUUUUUUAUACUAAGUGCCAUUUUCCUCUCACUAUUCUGCCUAAAUCGUUCAAAGAAGAAAUCUAAAGCGCCUUUGCAUUUGUGCUGAUUUAGUUUGUCUUUUGCUUCUCCGAGGCAGAUUUAAAUUUGAGUCGAAGACAUUACAUUUACAAAAUUAAUUUUUUUACUAACAUUUCAUUGCUAUGGUAUGUCUUAUGUUUGACGGAAAUUGUUCCACUUCUGCUGUGUUCUUGGUUAUUGUGGUGUUUAGUAAGCAUAGCUAUGAAGCAUUUUUAAGCUUUAAAAAUGACAUUGGUGUUAUAGUCAUUUAUAUGGGCUGUUUGUUUGUAAUGACUUUUGGUGAAUGUUUAAGGUUAAGCAAAAAGUUCAUUUGUUAAGCAAAAGUUAAUUUGUGCUUUCAUUACCAAAAUAAAGCAUUGCAUUAUAAAAGAGAGGAGAAA